AUGGUUGAAUUAAGAAAGCGCAAAAUACGCACACAAUCUCCAGCCCCAGAGAAAAGAAAGAAGACAGCAAGUACAGCAGUCAACCGGAGCAGACAAACUGCUAAAACAAAUGACGACACUUCACAUGGUAACCUCUCCUCAAAAGGUUUACCACAAGUUGGCGAUACUAUAUCACUUGACGGGUUCGGUGGGGAACUUGAGAAAAAUGAUGGAGGAAAAGUGACACUGAGAAGCCUCCUAGACGAGAGCAAGUCGGGUGUUGUGCUCUUCACAUAUCCCAGAGCUUCGACUCCUGGAUGUACCAAACAGGCCUGUUUAUUCCGGGAUAAUCAUGAUCACUUGACCUCAACUGGCUUUUCUAUAUAUGGCUUAUCCACCGAUUCACCCAAAGCCAAUACCACUUUCCAAACGAAACAGAGCCUUCCUUAUCCUCUGCUUUGCGACGUUCAUGCCACACUAAUUGCCGCGAUUGGGAUGAAGAAGUUACCAAAAGGCACAACUAGAGGGGUUUUUGCUAUUGAUAAGAAUGGUAAGGUUUUGCUCUCCAAAGCUGGGGGGCCCGAUGCAACUGUUGAGGCAGUACAGAAACUGGUAGAUGGGGUUCUGAAUGGGAAUGACCUAUAA